CUUUUAACAACCCGAACGACAGGGGCUAGACGCCGCCGGAUGCAGCCAUCGUCAGCCAAGCUAACCCAUCUAAAGGUACUUGGGGACUGAGAUCUCCCUCCGGCUUACUGCACGUUCUAGACUCUUUAGAUCCUCAAGACCCGGUCCAACGUCAUCUCGGUACUGGCUCUCACAUUACUUGGUCAGUCAUGAAUCAUUCGCACGGUAGCUCGGCUGGGCUUAGCUAAACGAUACCUAUGUCACAUUGACCUGAUGCAAACUUCGAAGGGAAAAAUUAACCGACUUUUGCUGUGCCGUUUUGUGUGGUUGAGAAGAAUUGGAGUGUAGUCCGUUCAGCUAAGGCGUAGGCUAAGGCUGAAUACUUGAAUACGAUAGUCAUGGCAGCCAUAGCAGUGAAAAGGAAAUGCAUAAAGGAAGGGUAUGGUCAUUCCUUACAUGUGCGAGUUUGUAGAGAAGAGUUUGUGAUACUAUAAUCUGGUUUCCUGCCGAUUUCAUGGAUGCUCCACCACCUAUCCCGCCACGCCCAUCCGGGUACGAGCUCCGGGGUCCGGUGAACCCUUCUUUGCCUCCCCGGCCGAGUCCGUCUGGACAGCAACAAUUCCGACAGGUUCCUGGUGUACCACCACCGCCAACACGACCGCAUACAGUACGUCAGCCAAUGACAUGGGGACCAUUAUCAAAUCUUGACGGCACGGCGACACCACUAAUGGUGGCCCUAUUGGCUGCCUUCUUCGCCAGUCUCGACUCCCGAGGGAAAUCAAACCUAGUCCCGAAUGUCAUGUUCCAACCAGAAGACUUAGCAGACUUCGAGCUGAAGGCUGCAUGCGAAGCAUGGUCCUUUGAACACCGCGUCGCCGUGCGCAACCCUGGACGCCCACAGCUUCCAUACGGUGGAAUGCCAAUGCUUACACUGCGGGGUUUCACGGAUAUGAUGGCCGUCGAACACGCGGCUGACCCGGAGCUCGCGUGGCGCGGUAUCAAUGCAGCAUUACGCUACUAUGACGUCUGGACAGAGCUUGGCCCCCUGCCGCGCGAGUGUCUACUUCCCGGACCGGGUCCUCCGAUAGAAGUCCAGCGCCGCAUCGAGCAAGCCGGGGCGCGCACCCGGAGGACGGCGGCCGAGAGAAUCGAGGCGAACCGAGUCAAGCAUGCGCUGCAGGCGCAGGGCCGUAGGAAUGCUGAAGAGUUGGCUGGUGAUUAUUACUACGUUAGGAGGGACUACUGCUGA